AUGGCGAUCAACAAAUAUCAAUUCCUCUGUCUCGGGUAUGUCACCUUUGGGUCGAUUUUUUAUGGGUACGACUCCGGAAUUACCACGUCGAUCCUGGGCUACUCGCGCUUCCUCAAGUAUUUUGACCUGGACGCAACCAAAAUCGGGGCUUUUAGCUCCGCGUACUACGCCGGCUCAUUCCUCGGAUGCGUCUUGAACUGGUAUCUCGCUGACAAGAUUGGACGCCUGCGAACAAUCCAGCUUUCCUGUGUCAUCGCAAUCCUUGGAAGUUCCUUACAAACCGGUGCAAAAAGCUUCGCCGUGUUCUGCGCCGGCCGUGCCAUCGGUGGCAUCGCCUGUGGCAUUGUUUUUUCCAUCUGCCCCGUCUAUGCGAGCGAGAUUAGUCCUCCUGAGAUCAGAGGCUUCAUCGGUGGAUUAUACGGGUUCAACGUCAACGCAGCAUAUAUGUUAACGGAAUGGAUUGGCCUGGGAUUUUAUUUCAUCAAUUCCGAUGUGUCAUGGAGAUUACUGCUGGGUCUACAGAUUGUACCGGCCAUAAUGAUGAUUGUUGGUUCUUUCUGGAUGCCAUUUUCUCCGCGAUGGCUUGCUCUCAAAGGCCGAUACGACGAAGCAUUGGCCGUUCUGAAGCGGAUGCAUGGUGGCUUGCACGACGAGAGUUUCUACCUACGGGAAUAUCACCAGAUCAAGGCUCAGAUUGAGCUAGAAAAGUCCCAAAAGGCUGGAGUGAGGACGAUUCUAACACGAAAAUCGUACCGCAAAAGGAUUAUCAUGGUGAUAGGGAUUGCUCUCUUCUCACAACUGACCGGAGUCAUCCCAAUUCAAAAUUACCAAGUGAUUGUCUACCAGACCAUGGGCUUUUCAACUGUGCUGUCCUUGGUCUUGACUGGUGUGUAUGGCACUAUUGCUACUACCUCGGCAGGUCUAGCUAUGUGCUUCUGUGACAGAAUCGGAAGAAGGAAACUUAUCUACGUGGCGUAUGGGUUCAUGAUACCUGCAUCUCUCGUACUUGUUAUCCUAUGGGCACGGUACGAAGCCUCUGGGAACACAAAUUUCGGUCUAGGCGUCGGUGUGGCCGUCUCCAUAUAUCUCUUUUCGUGCGGCUACUCUGGCCCCAUCAACACAUUUGUACCGACGUACACCCCUGAGAUCCUGCCUACAAGCAUCCGCUCCUUUGGCGUCGCAUCUUUCUAUGGCACCUUCAACGCCAUUGUCAUUAUGCUCGUCCAAGUGACCCCCUUGGCGCUGCAGUCUAUAAGCUGGAAAUACUUCUUAAUCUUCUUCAUAGCGGACUGCAUUGGCAUUGUUCUAUUCUACUACCUCUGCCCGGAAACGAGGUUGAAGACGCUUGAGGAAAUCGAAGCUCUGUUCGGUGAAACAGUUGCUGAAACCCUGGAAGAAGCGGGAAAGCAUUCGGAAGGCGCCGAAAUGUCUGUCUACGUCGAGAACAUCGAGCAAGUCGUCGACCAGAAGCACGAGGGAGGAGACUUUGAGAAAAACCCGGCCUAA